AUGAUACAGCAGAAGAUACAUAAAAAAUACAAAAUAUUAAAAAAUGAAGAUAUAAAUCAUCACUAUACCAUUAAUGAUAUAGAAGUUUAUUUUCCGUAUGAAUUAUAUGACUGCCAGUAUAAUUAUAUGUUAAGUGUUUUAAAUGCUUUAAAAAAAAGAGAAAAUGCAAUAUUAGAAUCACCAACAGGUACAGGUAAAACAUUAUGCUUGUUAUGCGCAAGUAUUAGUUAUCUUGUCGAUAUUUUAGAAAAAAAAGGGAAUUUUUCUGAAAGUAUAAAUAUUACUGAAAGUAAUAAAAAUACUUCAUUUGAUUUUAAAGAAAAUGAAAAUUCUCCGAAAAAAGUAGUUAGCGAUUUCCCUAAAAUAAUAUAUGCUUCAAGAACACAUAGUCAGUUAAAGCAAGUAAUAAAGGAAUUAAAAAACGUUUAUUUUAUAAAAAAUAAUGAAAAGUAUAAAUUACUAACUACUAUAUUAGGUUCAAGGGACCAAUUGUGUGUUCAUAAUAUUAAUUAUAAUUAUAAAGGUACUUUACUAAAUAAUAUGUGUAAAAGGACUAGAAGAAGUGGAGAAUGCAUGUACCAUAACGGAUUAAAAUAUUUAGAUAAAUUAAAACAUUUAUUUACUACACCAAUGGAUGUAGAAACAUUAAAUGAAAUAGGUAAAGGAAAUUCGAUAGGCCAAAAUAUUCAUUUUUGCCCUUUUUAUGCUACUAGAGAAAUUCAAAAUGAAUGCCAUGUUAUUUUAUUACCGUAUAAUUAUUUGUUUGAAGAAAAUACUAGAAAAAUAUUAAAGUUAAACUUAGAAAAUAGUAUAAUAAUAAUUGAUGAAGGACAUAAUAUUGAAAAUGUAGCAGAAGAAGCAGUUUCAUUCAAAAUAAAAGAUUCUGAUUUAUCUUUUUUUUUAGAUUCAAUUAAAGCUACUUUAACAGUUUUAGAUAAAGUGAAUGAUAUAGAUAAAGAAGCAAAAGAUAAGAUAAAUGUUGAUGAAUUAUUUAUUUUGAAUAGAAGUAUAAAUGCAUUAAUAACAUGGUUGAACAAUGAACGAUUAGAAAAAAAUGAGAGAAAGAAAAUUAAGGAAAAACAUAAAACAUAUGAAGGUAAACAAAUAUUUGAAAUAUUUAAAAAUAAUAACAUAAAUAUUACUAAAGAAAAUUUUGAGAAAUUCAACACAUUACUAUCAUCUAUGAUAGAAUUAUUAAAUAAAUAUAUUAAUGAUUUUAAACUAUCUCAAAUGGAUAUAAAUAAUGUAAAUAGAUAUAUCUCCACUAUAGAUAACAUUCGAAAAUCAUUUGGUAUAUUAUUCAGUGAUAUUGUUAAUAAUUGCAUAGAAUAUUUUCAGUUAUAUAUUAAUGAAGAAAAAGUAUCAUAUUCCGAUUGUGCAGAUAAAGUAUAUGAUAAAAUGAAAAAAUUUUCAAAAAAUAAAACAAAAAUAGAAUAUGAUAAACAUAAUUAUACUAUGUGUAAAAAUAUUUCCUUAUUAUGCUUUUCUGCAACAGCUAGUUUAUGUGGAAUUUUAAAGGAAAAAGUAAAUUCUAUUAUUGUAACUUCAGGUACCUUAUCACCAAUUGAACCAUUUUCUAGGCAAUUGAGUGGGAAAUAUUUUUCUUUUAAGCACAUUUUAGAAAAUGACCAUGUUAUAAAAUCCCAUCAAUUAUUUGUUGGAUGUAUGACACAUUACAAUAACCAAAUUUUAUUGUCUACAUAUGAAAAUAGAACUAAUGAGAAUUAUAUAAAAGCGUUGGGGAAUUGCAUAUUUGAUAUAAUUGUAUGUAUACCAUAUGGUGUAUUAAUAUUUUUUUCUUCUUAUAGUUCAAUGACUGAAACAGUUAAUGCUUGGAAAAAAUUCCAAAUAUUUGAUAAAAUAAAUACUUAUAAAACUAUAUUUAUUGAACCAAAUAAAGCAUCUGAUUUAAAAGAAAUUUUAAACAAUUAUGAAAAUAUUAUAAAAAAAAAAAAAAAAGGUGCAAUCCUCAUGGGAGUUUGUAGGGGAAAAAUAUCAGAAGGAAUAGAUUUUAAAGAUGACUGUUGUAGAGGAGUUAUAAUAUGUGGUCUACCUUAUGGUAAUGUAUAUGAUAGUAAAAUAAUUUUCAAAAAAGAAUUCUUAGACAAUUUUAAUUAUGAAAUAAGUGAUGACAACAAUUCAUCUAUCAUCCCUUCUAAAGGAAAUAAAUGGUAUAAUGAAGAAGCCAUGAGAUCAAUAAAUCAAUCAAUAGGGAGAGUUAUUAGGCAUAAAAAUGAUUAUGGAGCAAUUUUUUUUCUAGAUUCUAGAUUUUCUAAUAAUCAAAGAAUUAGGGAAAUAUCAAAAUGGGUUAGAACUCAUUUUCGUAUUUAUAGAGAUAUUGAACAAAUACAAAGUGAUAUAGAUAAAUUUUUUGAGUUAUUUAAAGGAUUAAAUGAUCAGAGUGUGGAAGAAAAUAAAAAGAAUUCCAUUUAUAAUAAAGAGAAGGACGAAGAAAAAGGUGCCAUUAAAGAAAUAGGUAAAAAUUUUCAGGAUUGUUACGUAAAAAAUGAGAGAACUAAUAAAAAUAAACAUGAAAUACCACAAAAUAAAUUUAUAUUUAAUCCUACUAAAAAAAUGAAAAAUCAACCAAAAAUUUUAAGUAUGAUACAGAAUAUAACAAAAGGGAAAAACCAGGAAAAAGAUAUUUAUGUAGACAGUAAAGAACAAAAUAUUUUUGAAACAAAAGAGGAUAACAUUAAUAUGAAAUUAGAUAAUGCAAAAUCUUUGAUAGCUUCUUUUAGAGAGAUUUUAUCAAAAAAUAUAUAUGAUAAAUUUUUUGAGCUUAUUAAGGAAACGAAAAAAAAAAAUAAUGAAAAUAAAUAUGAAAUAUUAAUAAAUAGAAUUCUAGAAUUAAUUAUACAAAAUUUUGUUGAAUCGAAUAAACAACAAAAUGAAAGCGUAAAUGAAAAUAAUUCAAAUGUUAUUUUAAAUGAUAUAAUGAAUGAGAAACAAUUAAUAGAUGUUUGGAGAAUUCUGAUUAAAUUAAUUAAUAACUUUUUUCCUGUACAAGAAAAGGAAAAAUGUUUUUUUAUUCUUCAAAAAAAAUUCAAGGAGAAAACAAAUGAUUUUGAUGAAUUAGAAAAAUAUGUAUACAAUUAUAGAUUAGAAAAAAUAGAAAUCAUUUAA